UUCCCCAUUAGAGUACAGGCAACAAGGUAUGUGUUUUUGUCUUGGCUGUUACUGUUUUUGGGAAUUGAUUAAUGUAGCAGCCUACAAAAUUCUUUGGCUUCUUAUUUUAUAAUUUUUAGCCUACUCGUGUUAAGAUGGGAAGCUCAUUUUUGUGCUCAUGCCAUUUUUCUCUCCUGAUACUGUGAAUUAUGCCAGAUGGAGAAGGAUCGGCCGUUGCCAAAGUUUGGAGAAUGGGAUGUCAAUGAUCCCGCUUCUGCUGAGGGAUUUACUGUAAUUUUCAACAAAGCCAGAGAUGAAAAGAAGACAGGCGGGAGUACCCCAAUGCCAGAUUCUCCAGCAAAGGAUGGAAGUAGCUUUAAACAUGGCCCAUACUCUACCAAGUCGAAUUCUAAAAAAUGGUUUUGCUGCGUGCAGGCAAGUGGAGCAGAAUCCUAAGGGUUAUCAGGAAAUCAUCUUUAAGAAGUAAUAUUUGUGGCAUUUAAUUUUAUUUUGAGGGGGGGAAAAAGCAUGUGCCCUGCUCGCAGAAGCUUUGGCAGAAUGUUGGGCCAUGUUUUCCUUUGUUUGUGUCGAUGACGGUGUGUGCAGUGAGGGAAAGGGAGACGCAGAGAAUAUGGUGGGAGGAUGACGAAGGGGAAGUGACUGCUUUCUCACUCUAUAUUGUGUACAUGAAUAUAUAUACUCAUGGAUAGUAGGUAUAGGGCGAAGUUGCUUUGCUUAUGGAUUUGGAUCCUCUCCACUACAAAAAAGUAGUGGAGUGAUCACUGCUUUUAAUCUCAAUCGUUGAUUAUUUAGUAGGCGGUUAUGAUACAAUCU